GCGCGGCGCUGAUUGACAGUUGGCGAACGACUGCGGACGGCGCAGGAUCUAAAACCGCGCUAGGCGCUGCUCUCCACGCUCGCUCGCUCCGCUCUUCUCUUACCCGUCGAUGUACCCGGUGCUUUUUCGUGGGGGAAGAACUCGAAACACGCAUAUUCCCGUGGCUGCCUUUGCCCGCCGGCCCGCGCGCAACAUAUACACCAACCUUCCACCUUCUGUCCGCCGGAGUUACGAGUGGCACACGCAGUAGUAGUUACGGUUAGGGAGGAGGGUCGGCCGCCGUCUCGCGGACAGCUCUCUCGCGCGUCACCUCUUCUCUCACUCCUCUGCGUGACCGGUUCGUUCGUUCAGUAAUCGCCGCGAGGAGGAACGCGCUUCUUCUUCCGCCGCGGACUCCGUCUACGACGCGAUAUCCGACCGUUUUCCCACACUCGUCGCGUGGAGAAUCAUCGGUAAAUACGGAUUGAACUCGGUUGUGUCUGUCGUGUUAUUAUUGUAUCGUCGUUGUAUUUAAACGGUAAACCACGGAGAUCUGUUUGGCGCGCUACGGGACGACAUUGAAAAGGAAAACAAGAGAUAACUCGUGCAACGCAUCGAGGCUACUUUCGAGGCUUGAGUUUUCGUUCGUGUCGCGCGAACACGCGACCACGAACGAAUCUUCGAUUCCACGAAUUUUUACUGACGGAUUUAACAACGGUGGACAUUGACGUAAUUUCCCGUCGCGCGAGAACCUCGCGUAUAUCUCCGCUCCCUUCUCAUCGAAUCGUCGAAAGAUCAUCGUCCAGAUAUCGGUUGUGUCUCGCGUCCAAGCUGUUUCGAAGCAACGCAGUGUGUCACGCGCGCGACCCUCGUCCACGCGAGUAACGCCAUCCAUUUGUGCUCCGUCUUAUCGAUUUCCCAUCACCAGUGCAUCUAUCCGAAACUGCAUCCGACGCCUUGAAUUCGCGCCAAUGAUCGACGGUGUAUCGAAGGAUAUAAACGUGUCCACCACAGUGACGUAUCACACACGCGUAUCUUUCCGGUGUUUAUCCGUGCCGUUUAUUACUGUGAAAUAACAUAAUCCAGUGCAUCCUCGGAUCUCUCUUCUCCGACGGCCAAUACACUCGUGGACCCGAUACCCAUAGUGGACAUCAGCGCAUCCGUGAUAAUUGAGGAUCGUGUGAUAAAUACGCGCAUACACCUUGGUGACGAAUCGAAUAAAAAAGAAAAGAAGAAGAAAAAUUCAUUCUCGUGAUUUCUCUGAUCCGUCGGGAAACUCGAACAGCCCCCUCCCCUCCCCCUUACAAUUUUUCUUACAUUUACAUUUUUAAUGCCUUAUCAACCGAGAGGGAUCAGCUUGCCCCGGAGAGACGAGUUUAAAGAGGUUGGAUCGAAAAAUUGAUUUUCGGGGGAAGAGGAAACGUCGGAGAAAAGUGGGAAUUGAAAUAUAUAGAAGAGAGAAGAGAAGAUCGACGAGUAGCGAAGAAGAAGAAGAAGAAGAAGAAGACAGGAAAGGAAAUCGAGCGAUAUAUAUAUAUAUAAUGUCGCGAGACUGACGUUACGGAGAGGCACGCUCUCUCUGGGUGGUGUGUCGGUACAGCGGAAGUUCCGCCGGUGUGACGAUGAGGAAGCACGUGUGUCCGGCCGUAGCCGUGGUCCUGCUGCAGCGUUCAACCGCGCGAGCCAAGCUGUGCUGACGCUCGCUUCGAUUUCUCGUCGUCGAACAGCGUGUCGCCGGUCGACUCGGAUCGUCCAAGGACCCGACGGAGCAGCCAUCCAGCCGUACCGCGUCGCAAGUAGCGUGGCGGAACACGAUCGAGGACCGUCGGCGCCGAUUUCCUUCUCCAUCCAGUAAUUUUUUUUAACACCGUCGUUUCGAAAUUAAUCAUUGCUCAACGAGGAGAAAGGGGUGGAUAAUAGAGAUAUAUAUAUAUAUAUAUAUAUAUAUACCGUGGAUAAAUCUGGCGGUGAAGGGGAAUAGGAAAGGGAGGAGGAAAGUGUGAACUGUGGAACACGGACGGCAUCGGCCAGCGACGGCAUCUGUCUCGUUCCCCCUUGUUGUUGUGGAUUUAUCCUGCGUGAUAUUCGGCGAAAGGAAAUAAUCCGCGAGUCCUUUGAGUGUGACGAAAGAAACGGAAACGGGCAAACCGAUCGCCGCGAUAAGGCGGAUCGAAAAGUGGGGAAACCAGUGUGUGUGAAGUGUUCGAGGUUACUUGCUUAUACUGUGGGAAAAUACAGCCGCUACGGUGGCUCAGCACGCAGAGUUCCCCGGCGCGGCCAGGGCGUUCAUGGCGCAGCCAAGGUAUGACGAUGGAGGGCUGCACUCGAGUUAUCUCGAGGGCGGAGGUGGAGGAGGUGGUGCAGGGCUGUACGAUCCACACGGGAGCGCCCGGGGUGUCCCUGGCCUCCAUCACAGUCCGCACCUCGGGGGCAUGGGGCCUGCACACCCUCAGUAUCCACCGCCCCCGCCGCAACCACCCCAACACGUUCUUGCGGCGGCGGCCGCAGCUGCAGCAUCCGCGGUACCCGACGUCCACAAACGCGACAAGGAUGCGAUCUACGGACACCCCCUGUUCCCACUUCUCGCGCUGAUCUUCGAGAAGUGCGAAUUGGCGACGUGUACGCCGCGCGAACCUGGCGUAGCGGGUGGUGACGUGUGUUCGUCAGAAAGCUUCAACGAGGACAUAGCUGUCUUCUCCAAACAGAUCAGACAGGAGAAACCUUACUACAUCGCCGAUCCGGAGGUGGACUCGCUGAUGGUACAAGCGAUCCAGGUCCUCCGGUUUCACCUCCUCGAGCUAGAAAAGGUGCACGAAUUGUGCGACAACUUCUGCCACCGGUACAUCAGCUGCUUGAAGGGGAAAAUGCCUAUAGACCUAGUGAUCGACGACAGAGAGAGCUCGAAACCGCCCGAGAUGGGGAACGGUUUGGACGGUGGCGGGCCGAGGAGCACCGCGGACAGCACCAGCCACACGGACGGAGCAAGCACGCCGGACGUCAGGCCACCCUCCUCGUCGCUCUCGUACCCUGGCGCGGGUGGCAACGAGGACGCGCGUAGCCCCGGAAGCGGGGGCACACCUGGACCCCUCAGCGCACAGGCGCCAGCUAGUUUGGACUCCUCGGAUCCUGGUAAAUGGUGUCCGCGUAGGGAAUGGAGUUCGCCGCCGGACGCGCAACGAGCGGCGAGCGAUGCGCGUCGUGGCGUUCUUUACUCUUCCGUCUUCCUCGGUAGCCCCGGUGAUGCGAGUAACGCGAGUAUUGGCAGCGGCGAGGGUACCGGAGAGGAAGACGACGAUUCGUCGGGUAAGAAGAAUCAGAAGAAGAGGGGUAUCUUUCCCAAAGUGGCGACCAACAUCCUCAGGGCGUGGCUGUUUCAACAUCUUACGCAUCCGUACCCUUCGGAAGACCAGAAGAAGCAACUGGCUCAAGACACGGGGUUGACGAUCCUUCAAGUUAAUAACUGGUUCAUCAACGCGAGGCGUAGAAUCGUCCAGCCUAUGAUCGACCAGAGCAAUCGAGCCGUAUUUCCGCCAUUGUCCGCAGGUCCUAGCGGGGCGUACAGUCCCGACCCGACGAUGGGCUACAUGAUGGACGGACAGGCGGCGAGCAUGAUGCACCGGCCGCCCGGUGACCCCACCUUCCACAAUCAGUACCAUUACCCAGAGUACUAUGGACAUCACUUAUAAAGCAGUAGUCGCAAAUGAAGGUAGACGAUGGAAUGACGAUUCUUGCGGAACGGGAAACGUAGCAGCGUGACGGAAGCGCAGCGUGCUCCGGUUGGCGUUAGAGCGGCAAGGUGCAACGGGGGCAACGAGGAAGCGAUUCGCGUCGCCUCCGGCUCGUGAUCGACGCGAAGAGGCGAGGAGGAGGAGGAGGAGGAGGAUAUUUCUCGAGCCGCGUCGCGGUCUCGUCGAUGGAGGAAUUGGUGCUCGAGAGCCGAGGAGCGCACGAUGCGGACAGUCGAGGCGGAAAAGCACGGUCGUCGGUCCGAUUCUGGAGGAGGAGGAGGAGGAGCAAAAAGAAGGAGGAGGAAGAAAAAGAGGGAGGAAGAAGAAAAAAUCGUGGUAUCGAGGUUCGACGGACCUCUGCGAGCCUUCUUCCUUCGAUGAAGAGGAAAGACUUGGAGGAUUGGGGGUUGUGGACCGACCGAGAGGUUUGUGUUGGUACGCGUGGAACCGGAAGCAAGAUGGAGGGAAGGGAAGAAGAAGAAGAAGAAGAAGGAAGAGGAAAGUUGUGGAAGAGGGCGCGGCUUGGUACAAGAGGGGAAGAACGGAGGAGCCGCGAGGAAGGGAAAUUCAUGUGAUUGUUCUGUGUACAAAUGUCGCGGUGUAAUAUUGUAGUGAUCGAAGAAUUUAAAUGUUAAAUUUUAAUACACGGUCGCGAUCGAGCUAUUAUUAAUUAAAAACGAUUAUUAUUAGGAGGAGGAAGAGGAGAAGGAGGAGGAGGAGGAGGAGGAGAAUUAACGACGAGGUAACCUCGAACAGAGUGAUAUAGGCAAUUUCUAGCGGGCAUGUGUACAUUAAAGGGGUGGUAAAAACGUAAAAAAAAUUAAUAUUAAUAAUAAUAAUAAUAAUAAUGAUACAAAUAAAGAUAAGGUUAAAAAAAAAAUGUAAAACGAAAGUGGUAGAGGGAAGAAUUACGAGAAGAGAGAGAGAGAGAGAGAGAGAGGGAGAGAGACAGGGGGGGAGAAAAGGGUAAAAAAAUAAAAGAAAAGCGAACCCGGUGCUCGCACGGAUCCGUUAUACGAUAAUAGAUAGGUGUUCACGUGCUUACGAGAAUCGACGAGGAAUAAUGGAGAUUUUUCUAGAGAAAAAGUGCGGAGGGAUAUGAACGUUCGAUGGGACGAACGUUGGGAAUUCGACGAACGAUCGAAUAUAUGUAUAUAUAUAUACACACACACGCGCGCGCGCAGAUACGCAUCCAUGUGUAUAGAUAUAUACGGGUAUAAAUAAAUAAAUAAAAAAAAAUAUAUAUAUAUAUAUAUAGAGAAUAAAAAGAAUUUUAGAUGCGCGAUGGGUGCACGUUUUAAAAAAUUGACGGAUCGUGAAAAAAAAAAAAAGAAAGAUGGCAUGGAAGAGAAUUAUAGGAGAUCGGUUUUAAACGCUGUAUCAUCGAAAAAUUGCGCAUGCGUGCGUAAUUGCGGAAGCGUGAGCGGUAAUCCGUGAUGCUCGGAAACGAGGGGAGCGAGGAAAGGCGCGAGGCUCGACUCGUAAAUGAUAAAGCAAAGAGGAGAUUCGAGGAAAAGGAAGGAGGAAAAGACGCGAGGAGAA